CAGCUCGAUAGUGGGAAGAUGGACGGCCGUUUCUGUGACUUUUCUGUGGAGGAAUUUGCCUGUGCUUCUCUUUCAGCAAUAACUGCACAAGACCUGGCAGAGAUAAUGAAGUGUAAUCGAUCGUCCAGCUCAAGCGGGUCCACACAAGUCUGGAAGCUUCUUCUCUUUAAAACUUCUGGGGUGCUGGAAGAAGCUCUGGAUCUUAUAUCAAACUCGACAAUCAACCCCAUGAACCCUUCAGCCUCCAUGAUCCUGGACAGCAUCCAAGAACUCAAACUUGACCAAUUCAGCAACGGCACCCUGAAUGAUCCGUUGACUCUUCAACUGUGGUUCAGUAGUCGACUUCGUCCGUUCCUACCUGCUGUUUCCAAUGAUUUCCUUUCAUGUCUGGCAACAAAGGAUUUGCUGUGCAGCUCCUACCAGUAUAUUGUGCAGAUUUUCAGUCAAGUUCAGCCACAGAUGAAUCUUCAUCAGCAAAUCUCUGUGUACACAAACUUCAUCAAGAUUUACCUGAAAAGGAACAACACUGCAGAUCCUGGCUGCAUCUUGAACAUCAACAGCAGCACAGAGUGGCUCCAGAACAACAUGGGAGGAUUUUCUUUCUUCUUGUCUAUUCAAGACAUUCAAGAGCUCUACCCACAAUUCUCAGCGAUGGAAGCCCUGCAAUUGCUGUCCAUCAGACAACUUGCAGAGGUUUCUACCACACCUGGCCAACUCACAACUAUUGAUCAAGUCACCAUGGUGAUGAGUUAUGUUCCUGAUCAACAACUUGGAUCCUUCUUUGAUAAUUUCUCACCGGCCAUCUUGGGACGUGAAAACAUUCUGCCCUCCACUGUGAGGUCAGCCAUGCUGCAGGUUGUAUUUGAUCGUGCAAACCUCUCCAGUCCAUCAGUCAGUGAUGCUGUUGUGUUACUGUGGCUCCAAGUUCGACUCCGCCCCCUGCUGGUGAAUUUAGCAUCUUACCAUGUGACUCCAUACUUUAAUAUACUGGCAGGAAGAAACUGCAGCAUUGAGCAACAGGGGUGAGUGACAAGUUAGAAAUAUGAGACAAACAUUUGUUUUUACUCCUGUUCCAUUUUAUUUAUUUUUUUAUAUACAUUUUAUAUAGCAAAUAUUGUAUUUUUCUCUUUUAGUGUAACUCUUCUCAGUCUAACCAUCUCAUCUCUGAGUAAUGACACACAGACAGAAGUUCAAUACCAAAUCAUUCAGGCUC